UAAUUACCUCGAGGGAUUAUGCUAGUUUCACCGAACGAGCUCACGGGGCUCAGACUUGGAGACUGCCAACAUCUGCCCUCGCAAGAGCACUGCUUCGUUGAAUCAACCACCGGACCGAAAUAUAUUAUUUACGUUUAAUUUGGUUCCAUUUCACUUUUCUUGCAAGAGAUGGUUUUCUUCAAAACAUAUUUUUGAAUUAUGUUUCUUUUGCUAAUGUAAUGGACGAAUCAACAAAAAAGAAGUAUUUGACAGAUAUUGACCAUUGACAUUUGAUACUAAGACGAUGGCGGCGAGCAAGUUUGAUUUGUGGUUAAUUGAUAAAUUGAGAUCACUAAAAACAGAUGAAAGCGUGUUCGGGUCUUAUAUAUCUGGUAUUUUGGAAGGCGAAGACACCGUCGAUGAAAAGAGAGACGCUCUAGAAGAUAUUCUGUCUGAGAUAGUUAAAAAAGACAUCUCGAUACACGUACAAGAAAUACUUGAGAAGUGGGAGGAAUGUCAACCGAAAAAAGAGGCUGCACAACCUGCAACAGAUGUCGAUAGCAAACUUGCCAAACUUCUCGAAUCCCAGACACUGGCCACUACAACUCGACGAGAAUACACAGACGAGGAAAAGAAAAUACGAGAAGCGAUCUUGUCUCAGUACAGUCAACUCUCUGACAAUGAGGAGGAUCAGGCGCAGGAAGAACAAAAUGAGAGUCCAGAUCUAGUCAAAAACACAAAUGCAUUAGAUGUGGCUGCUGCUGCGAGGGAGCGGAGGGAACAAGCACGUUUAGAUGCUCAGAAGAAGAAAGAAAAGGACAAAGAAGAUAGGGAAAAACAAAAACAGUUGAAAGAAGAAAAGAAAGAAAAGCGUAAAACACAGAAAGGGGAAAGGAAGAGGUAGCAAAAUAUAUGUUAAGAAUGAACCGAAAACAUUUUUUUAUUAUGGAUGAACCGUGCAACGUAAUAUCCUGAUAAUAAAUUGAUGAUAGUUUUUUUCCACAAGUAUUAAUCAAAUUUGGAAUUGGAAUUUCAAUUGUAAUUGUUUUUAUUAGUUUUGUUUUGAUUUUAUAGUUAAAUUGAUAAAUUGAAGAUUGACUGUUAUUUAGCAUCAGGACAUUAUUUAAAUAUUAAGGUACUACUUUAAGGGCUGCUUAGCUAUUCUUUGCAUGAGUAUUUAGAAUUGCAGAAAAAUGUAGCCAUUGUCCAGAUAAUUACAAAAUGUCUACAAAUAUGUCUAAAUUAUUAGUGUCAUUAAUAAAAUGUUAAUUGAUUGUCUUCUUGUGUCAGUGAUCAAGUGAUUGAACUUGAUUAUUUUUUGAUUGAUAAUGAAUGUCUUGAAAUUUUAUAUAAUCCUAUGUUAUAAUCUUUAAUAUGUAAAUUAUACUAAUUUAAAAAUGAAUAUUGUUUACUGGUUUAUUAUUGUUACACACAUUAGUGUGUCCUUUAUGUGAUUCAGUUUGAAUUUAAGGACAUGUUUGUUCUUAAGUGGAAACACUAACAGCAAUAUAAAAAAGUUUCUACUAAAAUGAUUUUAAGAAACUGAUAUAUUUCAUAAUUAAUUAAGUGGCUUGGUUUACAGACUUAAUUUGUCUCAGCAGUGAACCCUCCAACUUUUCUAGAAGACAACGUAAUGUUAUAUUAUUUUUUUAUAGUCAAUAUUUUAAAUAUUAAUAUAUGUGUAUUCUAAUAAAAAAAUAUAAAAUA